AAUGUAAAUGUUAGCUAUGAAUUAAAAAACAACAUGGAUAAAGGCAAAUAUUUUUUUUUUAUCUGUGCCUUAAUCAUAUGCAUGUUUAUGUUUUUAUCAUUAUGGUGAAAUGAGUUAAACAUGAAAAUGCAUUCAAAUUAAAAUAAUAUUUUUGGCAUCAACCUUUAUUGUGCGCCUUUAAAGUAAAACUAAAAUAACAAGCUAGCUUAAGCCAGUGUAGAGCAUCAUAUGAUAUGAUACAUUUUCAUUAUUAUGAUGACAGCCAUUAGAAAUUUGAAUCUCAGGUAAAACACUUUACAAUAGCCUUUGGAUAUUUGUACACAUAAAUUAGACAUUUGUAAAUCAUUACAGCCAUUGUUAUUGAACAUUUUACAUCACUUAGACAAAACAUAGUCAAUUUUAUUGCUAUCUGAGUUACUAAGGACUUACAAAAGAUAGUGAAUUGCAGUAUUCCCAAAUAGUGGCUGUAUAACAAUGCUAUUCACAUCCAGGAUGUUGUGAUAAGAACGCUCUCUUAAAAUAGUCAAGAUGGUUACGUUCUGAUAAAACUAAAAUGUGAAACUAACUGCAUAUGACUGUGACAAAUAUACAAAACACCAUGCGACAUUUCAUAUCAGUUUAUCAGUAAUAGCUAUGAGCAUGCCUACGAGAUAAAGAUUAUCAAUAGAUUGUACUUACAUACUUACUAAACAAUGGAUAAAGCAAAAGUGUUCAAAGAUUAUUUUGUCAGUCGUCAGAAUACUGUGCUGAUUCCGAGUGAGGAGUUUGGACUUAGGAAGUUCAUAAAUGUCGGCAUAAAUCGCUCGCUGAGUCUAUCGAGAAUUGAAGAGCUGUCUAAAAACCACUACGAAGACAUGAGAUCAGGUAACAAGCAGUGGAUCCAUCCACCAGAUGCCCUCACCAAGGGUCACAUUCUCUACAAUGUCAAGUUCUACGGUGAAAGUGAAGUAGACUCUCCAAAGGGCACGGAUGUCGUAAAAGAUGCCAUACGAAAACGCAAGUUUAACAAGACAUUGCGCAAGACAGAAGGUCAGAAAACUCCCAAGGUGGAACUGUCAAUAUCAGUAGAUGGUGUCUCAAUCCAGGAACCAAAAACCAAGAUAGUGAAGCACUCAUAUCCUCUCCACCGAAUAUCAUACUGUGCAGACGACAAAUCAGACAAACGCAUGUUUACAUUCAUCGCUAAAUCUCCUGAAACCAGCAAGCACAACUGCUAUGUGUUUGCGAGUGAGCGAAAUGCUGAAGAAAUUACAUUAACGAUAGGCCAGGCAUUUGACCUUGCAUACAGGAAGUUCCUGGACACCCAAGGGAAGGACGCAGACGUUAAAAAACAACAGCAGAGCCUGCAGAAAAGGGUUGAUCAGCUAGAGAAAGAGAACACUCAGCUGAAGCAACGGAUCCGAGAUUUGGAACAUAUGAAAGACCGGCCAGACAUUGAACAGUACAAACAAACACACCAGAUAUCUAGUCUGGUGGAUAUCUCUAGCAAUGUGAAUGGGGAGUCCUCCGUUUUCACUUUCCAAAACAACAUGGGUGAAACUAGCACUGACAGUCCCAACGCAAGCCAGCCAAGCUCUCCAAAGCUGACUACAGUGGGCCGUAAACUGGAGAAUCUGAUGUUUGAGCCUGACCCAUUUACAUCAGGGGGCGGAGUCUCUAAUGGCCACACAUCUCCUAGAACCCCUGGUACCCCAGGCACACCAGGAAUUAUUUCACCCCCACCCCCUUCAACACGAUCACGAAACAAGCCUGGGACCCCUGCCACACCUGUAACGCCCCAGCAGGCCCCACCUCCACCAUCUGGGGUCACUCCCCAGGGGUCACAGAGCAACGACCUUGAUGAGCUGGCUUCAGUAUUUAUGUCGUCGAAUAUGUCCAAUGUGUCAUCUCCGUCGGCAGUUCAAAAUAACUACAAUAAUAAUUAUGUAAAUCCAUUCAGCAGCCCGUCAAUGGCGUCUAAGGACCCUAUGGACCCCUUUGGAAUGGCCUCAUUCACCCCACAGGGUACACUACAACAGUCCAACAGCAUUGAAUACAACGAUAUACAGGCUGGCUUCAGUCAGGGGCUGUCUUUUGGUACAGAGGACUUUGGAAUGAAUGCAUUUGAUCCCUUCAACACCAGUGGGACUAACUAGAUGGGACAUAUUGCCAAUAAUAGAUGCCAAGUAAAGACAGCCAAGUAGUUUAUUAUAGUUUGUAAUAAGGAGGCAUUAAGUUUCUAUCAACGUUGUUGAAGAAUGUUAUACUCUAUUGCAUAAGAUGAAUACUCUGGUAUGUGAAAUGGUCAAGUAUUUUGUAUAUGGAAAACUUAUGACGAAGCAACGAUUGAAAUAUGAACUUGUGUUGUAUAAAGGCAGAAACUAAUACUUUGCUUAUGAUCUAAUACUUUUGUUGUCAUGGUAAUAAUACUGUUACUGUCAUGGUAAUAAUACUGUUGCUGUCAUGGUAAUAAUACUGUUGCUGUCAUGGUAAUAAUACUGUUGCUGUCAUGGUAAUAAUACUGUUGCUGUCAUGGUAAUAAUACUGUUGCUGUCAUGGUAAUAAUACUGUUGUUGUCAUGGUAAUAAUACUGUUGCUGUCAUGGUAAUACUACUGUUGCUGUCAUGGUAAUAAUACUGUUGCUGUCAUGGUAAUAAUAUUGUUGCUGUCAUGGUAAUAAUACUUUUGCUGUCAUGGUAAUAAUACUUCCAUGUUGUUGAUUUCUGAAAAAUAUACUUUUAUAAAGUAUGUGUUUUGUAGUAAUUUGUUGACAAAUUAGGAACUUGUACCAUAAAGUAAUUGUAACAUUUAUUAUUUUUAUGUAACAACAUGUUUAUUUUCCUUUAUAUUAAAAUGGUUGUGGGUUCCAUCCCCACCAGGGGAACAUUUACAAAGACAAGCACCAGUACUGGUUUCUACCUAAGGAAACAGACUUGAGAAUGAUUCUAUAAGCUACCUGCUUUUGGCAUAGUUAAGCUAAACGAAAUCAAUGUAAACUUAUCAUUCGAUAAUGUUUCUCAAGGUCAUCAGAUGUAAUGGGGAGGAAUUGUUUUUUAAGCUUGUGUGUUUUAUCAAACAUAUAUUGACACCAUAGACUUUUAAUACAACGAAAAAUGAAUAUUUCAUUAUUGUAGCAUCAUGUUUCAUUGUAGGGGCCAAAGUUACAUUUUACUUAUUGUUGUUGUAAGUUUUAUUCAUUUUGUUAUUACUUGUGUUCAUAGUUAUAUGCUUACAACUAAUUUUUCUGUUACAAUGUAGAAUCCACAUGUAUGUAAUUACCUAACAAUAUAUAGAAUUUAAACAAUUACUGAUACACAUAUAAUUAAAAAAUACCAAUUGCUACUGUCUGAUAUUAUAAAUAUUUAUGAUACUUAAAAUACCACGAUUAGAAUCUAGCUGACUUCUUAUUUGGUUUCACACAUACAUAUUUUUUAUUACAUAUUACCUUUUAUCAUUCAGUCUUUAAUCGUCUUGUAUAUUCUAUGGUAGGUAAUGCAAUUUUGAAAGUAAUCUCUUUUGUAAUUUGUUAUUUUUCGCCGCUGGUUGGCACUAUUUUUACACAUUUGUUUUUGUAUUCCAGAUAAAUAGAUGUUUUGAGCGGCAUGGAGUUAAAGCUGCACUCUCACAGAUUUACCAUUUUUACAACUUUUUGUUUUGUUUUUGUCUUGGAAAGAGCAAAAUUCUGCGUAUAUCUGCAAACCAAUGAUAUAAAAUUGCUGAUAAAAAAUCAGAUUGUAGAUUUUCAUAUUUCUGUCGAAAAUGAAUGUUUAACGGCUUAAACCGAUAUUAACGGUUUAAGAAAAAUGCAUAAAACAUCAAUUUUUGAACUUAAAUAUAAAAAUCUGCGCUCUAAUUUUUUGUCAGCAGAUUUUAUUUAACUGGUUUCCAUGGAUUUUUGCAAAAAAUAUGUAGUUCCAAGACGAAAAAUAAAAAAAAUAUCAAAACGUUUAAUCUGCGAGAGUGCAGCUUUAAAGGCCAAUUAACAUGCAAUAUUAAAAUAAUAAUUAGACAAUUAUCAAAAAAAAUUCACAAUAAAAGUGACAUUGAAAUAAACAUGUAAUUUGUAUUAUAUGAAAAUAUGCCUUUGUGAUUACUUUUUAAAUGUAAAUAGCAUAAUGACCACUAAUUCAUUCUUAAGAUGUUGAUGAAGUGUAUUUUGCUGACCAAAAAUGUCAUGUGAGACGUCUGUAUAUAGAUGAUAAACUUGAUAAUUGAUACUUGUACAUUGUUUUUAUCCUAAAAACAAUCAUGUAUUUAAUGAGAGCUAUUAUGUACGAUGAUAGUAUCAUAUGAAUGUUUCUCCACAUGCUUUAAUCUGUGUGUAUAUAAAGUAUUCUUAUACCAUAUUAUACAUUGUAUAUGUCGAACUAAACUGACGGGACUACAUAGUACAUGUAAGUGAAUUGGACAGGAGUAAAUCUCGAAUGGUCACAAUUUUUGAUUGAUUUCAAAGACACUGUUGAAAAUCAUUCAAUUUUUUUUUAAUUUAUCAUUUGAUAUAAAAAACUCCUCUUUCGUUGUAUUUCCUAGCAUUGUUGCGACAAAACAAGGUACGUCGUAUGUCAUGGAAUAUCAAGUACAUGCAUUAGGGCUUGGUUGAACACGUCCUGGAGCCAUAUAUAUGUGCUGAACAAUGUUAUGUUAUGAAAAUCCUGAUAAUUUUUUACUAUCAAUUAUUCAAAAUCUUCAAGUAUUAAAAAGAUAGUAAAAAAUAAAAAUGAUGAUGUCAUUAUCAGAAAAUGUCGAGAACUACUGCUGUCAAAUCAGAAAUUGGGAAGGAAUAUCUUGAAAAAACUUUAAUAAGUGUUCAAGAUGUACUCUCCAACUAGUAGAGCUUUAUUAUGGAUCUUUUUUUACACAUUUAUGAAUUAAUUUUCAGGAUGAUUACUGAAGGUAAAUCACUGAUAAAAUAGUUAUUUAACAGAUUUACCAGGUAAAUGAAAAAGCAUUUAAAACAUUACAUAAAACAUAGAAUGUUAAUAUGGAAGUGAAACAUAUAUGAAUGCGGAUAUAAGUUUUGGUCUGAAUUAGAUAUUUAAGCGUUGUUGUUAUUGGUCUAGUUAAACGUGCAAUACGAUGUUGGACUUAAGUGUGCUGUAUAAAUCACUUACUUUAUUUAGAAACAUAACAAGCUAUUAUGUAUAACUGGUAUAAAAACGUCUAGUAUGAAUAAUACAUGAGAGUUGUAAUACUGAAAUAAUCCCAGACAAUACUAAAAUCAUGAAAUUUGUUAUCUUGGAAGACUAAUUUUGUCAUUACAAUAAUAAGUUGUUCAUGUACUUAUGAUCAGAUUCAGUACAAUUCUAUUAGGUUUUCAAUUAAUUAAAAUCUUGUUUGAUAAAACUUCAUUAGAUUUAUCUGAUUUUCAUAGUUUUUUUGGUCCGUUUAUGUCUAGUGUUGUAACUUUCAUUCCAUGUUAUUGCUUUCCUUCCAAGAGCACCUAAUUGUUUUUAUGCAGAUUACGUACCAAUGUUUUAUGUUUGAAAUAUGUUGAAUAAUAUUGAAUAAUAUGUUACAUUAUAGAACACUCAUUUAUAACACUGUUUAGUGUAACAAAUAAAUAUGUUUGAACAAAUUA